CAUGAGUUAAUGGCUUAACAUAUCUUACAUUUUAUAAUUAGCGUACACAUUUAUUUUCAACUAUGCACGAAUAAAUAAUUUAGUGGUCCAUUUUAAGAGACGAAAGUGAUAUGUUCUUAUUGAUAAAACCAUGGGCCAUAAAGUCCAUUAAACCAUACAUUUCGGACCCUAAAAUCAACGGUCAAGAUUUCUCAAGAUUGGCACACAUCUCGGGACGUAUGGGAACGGUUGAUACUCGACGCCGCAUCGUGCCGUUGCCCAUCAAUUUCGGCCAGACUUUCGAAUAUUCCAUUCGCAUAUCCGCCGUCAGAUCAGAUUCCCUCUCAUCUUCUCGAUGCACUUAUCCCUUUCGAUAGCGUCCAUUCUUUAUUCCAAAUAUAUAAAGAAUCAAUCAAUCAACCCUAUCUUCAUCUUCUUCUUCAUCGAUCAUUGUUUUAUCGGAAUCGAUUUUCCCCCAAAUCUCAGAUCACCAUGUCCGAAGAACUGGCGCCUGAGCAAAUUAAACUCAUCCACAAACUUAACGUGUUCAAGAUCAAAGGCAGAGACAAGCGCGGUCGCAAGAUCUUGAGAAUUAUAGGGAAAAACUUUCCUGCGAAGAGUUUGAACGUUGACCUGUUGAAAAAGUAUCUGGAAGUGAAGGUUUUCCCCAAACUCGAGAGGCCUUUUGUCGUGGUUUACAUCCACACCGAUGUUGAUAAGAGCGAGAAUUUCCCCGGAAUAUCUGCUCUCCGAUCUGCUUACGAAGCAAUUCCGAUCAACGUCAAACAAUAUCUGGAGGCGGUUUACUUUGUUCACCCGGAUCUACAAUCCAGACUUUUUCUCGCCACAUUCGGCCGAUUCAUCUUCACCGGAGGGCUGUAUGCGAAGCUGAAAUACGUUAGCAGAUUAGGGUAUCUGUGGGAGCAUGUGAGAAGAAACGAUAUCGAGAUCCCGGAGUUCGUGUAUGAUCACGAUGAGGAUCUGGAGUUCCGUCCGAUGAUGGAUUAUGGUUUAGAGAGUGACCACCCAAGAGCUUUCGGUGCGCCCGCGGUUGAUUCCUCUGUGGCGUCGUAUUCCAUGAGGUGUAUUUCAUAGAAUCAAAACGAUAGUGUAUUAAGAUUAAGAAAAAAAAUACAAUGAAUGUGUUUUUAGUAAAAUUUGGGAGUGCGAGUGCGAGUUUUUCUUUUUGUUUUUGCUUGCUAAGCGUUCUGUUUGUAAAUUGGGUUGAUAUAAUAGGAAUGAAAAUUAGAGCGAG